AUGAACUGUGAAACCCAAGGACCAUCGGUUGGACCCGUUGUGCCACAUCUUCCCCAACCUGCAGGCCCAAUCCUUCCUAAAUCUAGUCCUCCUGCCUCCCCCGCUGUACAGGUCCCUUCAGAUCCACCCGCCUCUGUUGAAAAGACCGUAAGCGGACCUAGCGAAACUAGCGCCCCUGUAGUUGACACGACAAGUCCCAACCAAGCUACAUACCAUAAAGGAUUAUAUGCUGGACUCGGACAGUCUGUCCAUCCCUACUGGGGACAGCUUGGAGCCUGGGGACAUCAUGGGGCUUGGGGAAAUCAUGCAGUAUUGGAACCUCAUGGUCUUUGGGGUCACCACGGAGUACUUCCCCAUCAUGAUGCAGUGGCAUAUCCGGUUGUUCCCCACGUAGAUUACCGUCCCCACGCACUUGGCGGUUAUGCCACUGGUCCCAUUGAUGUCCGCAGUGAUGGUGCAUCCUACACAGGGUCUGAAGAUGACCGUUCUCCAAUCGCUGGUGGACCCGUCUCUCAUUCUUUGGAAGGCGUAACUAAAUGGCACGGACCCUACCACGGACCAGUUGCCCAUGUUCCUGCUGGCGGUUACGGAACCCACCACGUCUUGCCUCAUCAUUCCUUGGGACAAAUUGUUCACAGUGAGGUUGCUCACCCAGGUAUCGUCACAGGCGGUAGUGUAUCCGGAGUAGUUACCCAUCACGGUCCCGCCGUCGGAUUGCGUCCACAUCUCCCUGCAAGCACUCACUUUGGUGUCGUCAACACCCACAAUCUUGUACAUCGAAAGCUUGGUGACUACACCAUUGGAGAUAUGAAGGAUCUUACUAAAGAAGACUGUCCUCCUGGCAUUUCCGCUGUUCUUUUCGACAAGUCCGCUAAAUCAGCUGAUGCUGAGGCCGCCCCUGUCGCAGAUUCUGCCCAGGAAGCAGGCCCUGCUAAGGCCUAA